AUGACCAGCAGUGGCCAAGGUUCCAUCACAUGCACUUACACUUUGUCGGACCAGUUAGCUCGAUACACGACCGCCGAUCGAGAACUUCUGAGUGUAGAAAUCCCGAUUCCUCCGCCUGAAUAUUAUGAUGUCGACGAAUAUGUGGCCGUGUUCGGUGGAAGAGGACUGCUUGAUGUUGUUGACGAAGUGGAGUUGCGAAAGGAACUAAUACAUUUCAUCCGAGACGAGACACAAAAGUAUCAGGACGAAAGAGAUGAUGCUCUUAUACUGGAAGCGUUGGAGUCUGGUUUUGAGUUGCCAGACAUGGAUAAUAAUCAGGCUAUUGUGGUGGAUUCUUCCGAGAAUUUUGCCAACAAAUUUUCAUUUGUCAUGCAAAAUUCCUCUAGUUCGGAGUUGGCUGAGUUAAUGCGAAGGCAAAUCUCCAUGAUAAAUGAGAUGAACCAAAUCAUUCGAGUCAGAAAUUGGGAAGUGACACAGAUGAGAAAUAAGUGCGAAACUGCUGUCAAUGAUGCCUCUUCCAAUGUGGAUGUUCACCCACAUGAACUUAGUAAGCUUAACGAAAAGCUCAGAAAUCUUCAUGCUUCCUAUGCGUGCCAAGUAGAGGGGCUCAGUGAACGACAAAGGAAGGAGUUCAGGUAA